AUGCUGUGGAUUCAAAUAUGUACAUUUGUAGUGCUUUCCACAUGUCUUCUCGUUCCUGAGGUGGUGAACGCUUGGAGCUAUGGAGAGCUUCUUCCCGUUAGCUUCCACUUACGCCUGAAGCGCACAGCUGCAGCCACAGAUAUUCCCAGAGGAGCAGAUGAUAUGAUUGAAGUCAAGGAAACAAAAAAUAACCAGUGGCUUAUUACUCGUCCGCUUCCACCGGACAACAGUCCUCGUUUUGCAAUUAACACACGAGCUCACCAACCAUCCACGAGGCUUUUUGAGUACGCCACCAAUGCAACAAAACAAGAAGGUGGCUCUAUAUCAGAUGUUGCUGUCCGCUUUCAAAUUGAGCGUGGCCUGGCCAAAUCCACUGCUUGGUACCCCCUGAUGAAAACUAUCAUAAAAAAAAUAACGACGGAAAAAAGAAAAUCGAAAGUGGAACACUCAAAGGAAGAACAUUAUCUAGCUGGCCUCAAUUUCCACUUUGGCUAUCAAAGCGGAACUUUUCACAAGAUUACGUCUUUCAGGGUAGAGCCAACGUACUCCAAAGUGAAGAACAACGACCUUGAACUUCAUUACCAAUGGACAGAGCACCGAACAUAUAACCCACACAUUGCUCUCUGUAUAUGCUCCCUAGUCGCAGUUAUAGCUGCAUCAUCUACUUUAUCACUAAUAUUUACAAAAAAGACACACCUUACAAAAGCAUUUAGUAAGAAAGAAGUAAGAGUAAAAAAUCAUAAGCAAUAG